GUGCAGAUGGGCUAAAAUAUGACUUUUCAGUGUACACCAUAGAGGGCCGGAGUUAAUUGUUAAUGAAGAAAUCUAUCACCAUCUACAUGUGAUUAUUUUCUCCAAAGCUUGCUUUACCUUGUCAGUUGCAAUGAUCUGUCAUGGACAGCUUCAAUGCCGACAGGGCUUACUGAAUUUUCCCACCAAUGCCAGAAUUGGCCAUUGCAAUACGUAUUGUAUCACGUCGACUUCUUCUUUUAAGAGGUGCUUGGAGUGCUACCUCUUCCGAUGAAUUACGAAACAUUUUCUCCAAAGAGUCAUGCAAACAUUUUAUUCAUCAAUGGCAACGUCAUCAGACAAACCCCGAACGGGCAACAGAUGGCUAUGAUUAUAUCAUAGUUGGCGGUGGACAAUCGGGUUCCGUUGUGGUAAAUCGAUUGUCAGAUGAUGAGCAUUGCUAGUGGAGAAAGGGGAUCGGACAACCAUCCAGUACCAAUGCC